GCGACAUGACACAAUUGUGGGUGGCAUGCUCGGGCUCGUGACGACGGUAGCGGUGGACUCAGCUUCGCCACGGGAGCUCGACGUCCUCAGCAGCUUCCUGCUAUAUCACUUGUCUGUCGGAUUCAAACGCAUCUGCGUCUUCCUCGACACGCCUGGCACAACCUCGGAGGAAGUGCUCUCCCGACUGCAUUCCGCCUUGAAGCAACACAGGCAAGCCAUCGAUAUCGUGGAGAAGUCGUCGAGCUAUGCCAUAUACCCUACUUGCAGUUUGUACGCAGCCCUGCAGCCUUCGAUUUCAGAUGAAGUCCAUGCACGCCAGCAGUUGAACUGCGAACUCGCGAUGACUUCGUGCCUGACGUGGAACGAGAUCGCCCGCACGGAUGCUUCGCGCACUCCGUUGGAGUGGCUUGUACACUUGGACCUCGACGAGCUGCUUUACUACCCCAGCAACCACGACGACGACCGCAACGAUGGAUUGCACAUGUUCUUCGCGUCAGCAUCUCCUUCGAUUCACCAAUUCACAUUCGUCAACCAUGAAGCCAUCCCAACCACAGCCAACGUGUCCAAUUACUUUGUUGAAGUCAGCCAUUUUAAAGUAAACCACUUGGUCGCGCCGUUCACGUCUGCUGCCCAAGCCUGCAUGAACCGAUGGAGGGACCGCACGACGCAUCGGCAGUACAUGCUUGCCUACGACAACGGUAAGUCUGCAGUUCGCAUUCGACGAGGCGUCUUGCCGUCCAGCGUGCAUUCGUGGCAGCCGCACCCUUCCCUCGCUACUGUGACCAACUUCCCCGACCCACGUCGAAUGAACAUGGCGACGACGAUCUCACAUACAACGUCGCCGUGGAUAUUGCACUAUCCAAGCUGCGGCUACGACUGGUUCAAAGAAAAAUAUCGUACGCUUGGACGAUUCCCCGACGCGUGGUUCCAGGGAAAGCUGCCAAUUCAACCGUGCUUCCACACGACAGCCCGAGACGUAUGGGCGACCUGCGUUGAAACCCACGACGAGAAAGCGAUGCGGACCUUGUACCACGAGCAAGUAAUGCUUGAUGACCCCGACGGGUUAGAAGCCCAAAUCGAUGCAGGCGUGGUCGUGCACCUCCUUGGUCCAUCCAAACGUCUUCAGCGACUUCUUGGACUCCAACCACAGGACGUACAGUCGCAGCCGCCACCACUGCGGCCUUCAACAUAUCGACCAUCUAUCCCUCCGCCUGCAGGCAUUUCAGAGGUCGGGUACAAUUCAGAGAAGGCUUGGAUGUUGGCGUCCAUCGCGGCGAAGUACUUGUGAUCUUGCCAGUUUUCGAGAAAGAUCUCAAUUUGGUUGUGCCUUUUGGGAAAAUCCGAAUAGCCAAUCCGCUUCGUCUAUUCAGGACAUUUCCCUAUAUUUUAACCAAUCAGAAAUUGCCUCAUGGCAGGGAAUUCCAGC